AUGCUUGUAAACUCAAGUCGGAGACAAAGUGUCGAUCAAACGAUAGUACAUUUCAGCAGAACAUCGACUUUCGGGCAGUUGCUUGACUCACUUCGUAAUGCUGCCAGCCAAAUGGGAAUAUGGAAUGAUGAGAUGCAUCGCGAUCUGCCGAAACGGUGGGAAAAACACGGGAACAUGAUUAUCCUACCGCAUAAUUGUUUUAAACAUCCGAAUUGGAGGUUAAUGGGCCCAAAAUUGUGGGAGAUGGUAACAGAAUUACUUAAUACGAGGCGUCUGGGAAAAAAGCGUGUUAUUGAAGGAGAUGAGUUUCAUGAGCCUCACAUAGAUCUCUUAUAUGGAAAGGACGGAUGGGUGGAACACAUCGAUGGCGAUAUAAGAUUCCUUUACGACGUCACAAAAUGUUUCUUUAAUGUCAACAAUGCCUCAGAGAAGCAGCGCAUCUCAGAAUUUGACUGCCAUCAAGAAGUUGUCACCGAUAUGUUUGCUGGAAUCGGAUAUUAUACAUUGCCUUAUUUGAUAAGUGCACAUGCAAAACAUGUCUACGCUAUCGACUGGAAUGAAGAUGCCAUUGAGGCAUUAAAGCGCAGUUUGCAAAUUAACUGUGUCCAAGAUCGCUGCACAGUCAUUCAGGGCGAUUCCAGAAAGGUAACACCGCAAGGUGUAGCAGAUCGCGUAAACAUUGGAUUAUUACCAUCGUCACGACCAUACUGGCUCGCUGCUUGUAAAUGUUUGAAAUCAACAGGUGGAAUACUUCAUAUACAUGAAGCAAUUAGGACAUCAGAACAGCAGAGCGGCAGCUUGGAGCCCAGUAAUAAACCGGCCGCAUACUCCAAACUUAUAAAAAAUGAAAAUGCGACAUCCAUGAGCGAAGAAAUUGCAUUACAUGAACUUACCGACACUACAAAUAUCUGUGGCGAAAACAGAACUGCAAUGGAAAAGAACGAUAAAAAUAAAAUCUUUUUUAGCAAAUCAAUAGAUAAUAGUGCUAUUCAAUGUGAAGAAACAAAUACCGCAAAACAUGACGGCACAGUGAAAAAAAGGAAAUUUAGUCGUUCAGCAACUAUUAUCAAAGAAAUGGAAAGUCGUAUCUUGCCAAAUGGACAAAUUGAUGAUCGCUUCAAAGAGGAGAAGUGGUCAACGAUCAGUCACAUUUUGCAAAACUUUGCCAUGACCUGCGCUACGAAUUGCACUCAGUACCUGAAUAACAUCCAUGAUGAGAAGGAUAAAGUUUGGACAUGUACAAUACUAGAAGUGAACACAGUGAAAAGUUACCAUAUGCAAACAGAUCAUAUUGUUGUGGAUUUGUUGUGCAGACCGGAAGAUGAGAAAGUGAAACACAAUGAACUUCAGACUCAAGGUGAAUACGGAUAA